UUACCAUGAGUAGAACUUGAUAUUUUCUUUGGGGAAACCAAAAGAAGAAGAACUUAACACUUGACACUUAACACAUCAUCGCACGCCGCAGAAUAAUACACAGAAAUUAGGCGCGUCUGUAGUGGCCUCGUUUUUAAUUUUUAUUGCAGUCAUAUCUUCCACUCGUUGACAUGAAUCAAUUUCACUGAUGACACCUCAUUCACCAUGUGUGCGAGAUAGUGAUCACCUUUAGGGAUUGUCCAGGAGGAGGACAUCUGCGAGACAGAUCGUAUAAUAAUCGUUAUUUAACGUUAAUUAGUCGGAACACCUCGAGUGUGUACCGAGCACCUCAGGUGUAAUCUACUAAUUGUACAAAUUAUCUAUUUCGACUGUGCGAAAUGUCGUUCAAAAAGGAUCUAAAGUUGCUCUUGAAGCCAUACUAUUUGAUAAAUAUCCUCCUCAGUGUCUCCUACAUUAUCGCCAAACGCCUUCCUAUAGUCUGUAAUUAUAUAUUUGCUCAAGACGGCUGCGAAUUCGAUGGGAGGGAGACACAGAUUCUCUUUUUCCUCAUAACUGUUGUUAUGAUAAGAACAAGAAAGACCGGCAGUGUGACCAUGAUAAAUUACUUGACGUCUAGUUUCAUGUAUACGAAAGGAGCAAACUUAAUCCUGUGGUUCUACGCGGACGUGCGGAUGGGCAUUCUAUAUGCAUUUAUUUUUAUACUAUUUGCAUUAGUACUGCCAGAACCAAUGUAUCAAGGGCCUGAGAAUGUCAUCUAUUUACGUGGAGCCAAUGGACUGCAGGAGGAAUUACAACGUGACACCAGAGUUGUCUGGCUAGUAGCAUUUUACACUGCGUGGAAUCCAGCUUGUGUAACCUUUGCACCGAUAUUUUCUGAGCUCUCUGUAGAAUACGCAUUGGAGAACUUCAAAUUCGGUAAAGUGGAUGUUGGAAGACAUCCAGAUGCCGCGGCAAAGUAUCACGUCAGUGACGCCAGCACGAGCAAGCAGCUACCAACGCUGAUACUUUUUAAAGAUGGCAAGGAAGUAGAGCGACGUCCAUACGCGGAUCAUAAAGGAAAGCUUGUUAAAUUUCUUUUCUCUCUGGACAAUGUAAAGGCUGCAUUCGAUCUCAAUAAUAUUUAUAGUGACUGUAAAAAGAAUUCUAUCAAGAGAAAAGAAAAGAAGUCAUUGAAGGCGGAAUAAUGAAGUGAAAUACUUAGGCAUUUAAUAAGAAACUACAGUUCGUAAUUGAGCGAGUUUUAAUUAGAUGGUCUUCUACUAUGUAGAAAGUAUAACAAGCGCGUUAUCUUUAUCGAAUUCAGAUUCUAAAUUAAUCCUCCAUCAGUAAUCAUAUUUUUACUGCCUUUCGUCUGUAAUCUGGGUCUUUUUUAUUUAAUCCCAUUUUUUUUUACUGUUCUAGGCUUUCAAAAAAUGUGGAAAAGUUCAGAGCUACCUUUCAAUAUCUCUAUUACCAAAGUUACAUUACCAUAUAGUCUUUUAAGGUAGUACACUCGCAACAAUAUCAUCCAAAAGUUUGGUCCCAUCGCGCACUCAUUGGCGAUACCUCUAUUCCCGCUAACGAGAGAAAAUUUUUGACUAUACUGUCCAAAGCUGCAUGUACAA